CGUGCACGUGACCUAAAACUAGUGAGUUGGAGAACAGUGAAAUGUUGUACCCUUCGCAGUUUGCCCGUUAAACAAAUACUUUUUUUUUUUGCUUAUAGGCCUGGCUAUCACUGACAUGGUGACCACAUCAGUAUUAGUAGGCCUAGUCGUCGCGUAGCCCACUUGAAAGUAAUCAACAAAAAUACGUCUUCAGUCCGUGCGUAAAAGACGAGACUGAAAACUGAGGAGCAGCCGCCUUUACUGAACUUAUAGGCUACUCGAAAUAGGUGAUGGUGGUGUGAUCCACAUUUUUUAGCCUAAGCACUGAGAGACGGUGUCCAUUGCGCAGAAAUGGCAAUGGUCUGCCUCAACGAUUUCGAGGAGUAUGCUAAAGUGCAUCUCAACAAGCUGACAUGGGAUUAUUACGCCGCCGGGGCAGACGAGUGUUGCACUAGGGACGACAACCUACUGGCUUACAAACGAAUCAGAUUGCGUCCUCGAAUUUUACGGGACGUGUCGGUGAGCGACACGAGGACGUCUCUCCUGGGCACGGAGAUCGCCUUCCCCAUUGGCAUCGCGCCCACCGCUUUCCACUGCCUGGCCUGGCACGAGGGAGAGGUGGCCACCGCACGAGCUGCUGAGUCAGUCAACACGUGCUACAUCAGCAGUACAUACUCCACCUGCUCGGUGGAGGAGAUCACCGCCGCGGCCCCCAACGGCUACCGCUGGUUCCAGCUGUACGUGUACCGCGACCGCAAGCUGUCUGAGCAGCUGAUCCACCGGGUGGAGGCGCUGGGCUACCGCGCGCUGGUGCUCACCGUGGACGUGCCCUACACGGGCAAGCGGCGCGACGACAUCCGCAACCAAUUCAAGCUCCCUCCGCACCUCAAGGUCAAGAACUUCGAAGGCAUCUUCCAGGAGAACGUUGGUCCGGACGAGUACGGCGUGCCCACCAACACCCUGGACCCCUCCAUCAGCUGGAAGGACGUGUACUGGCUGCAGUCCCUCACCCGCCUGCCCAUCAUCAUCAAGGGCAUCCUGACCAAGGAGGACGCGGAGCUGGCCGUGGAGCACGGCGUGCAGGGCAUCAUAGUGUCCAACCACGGAGGACGCCAGCUGGACGGAGGGCCGGCUACUAUAGACUGUCUGUCAGAGAUAGUAGACACAGUGCAGGGCAGGAUCGAGGUGUACAUGGACGGCGGCAUCCGCACGGGCAGCGACGUGCUCAAGGCCAUCGCCCUGGGAGCCAAGUGUGUCUUCAUCGGACGGCCGGUCGUGUGGGGCCUGGCUUACAAGGGGUCGGACGGUGUAAGAGAGGUGCUGCAGAUGCUCGCUGAAGAGUUCCGCUUGUCUAUGGCCCUCUCUGGGUGCCGAAACAUUGCUGAGAUCAACAGGAAUCUCAUUCAGUUCUCCAAACUCUGACUCCCUCUGAGUGCGCCGGACUGACUGCAAGGCAGCUGCGAGAUGUGGGAGAAAGUAGAGGGAGGGAUGCACACACAUCACCGAUCCAGCGCUCCUCAGAGCAAAAGAAAACAAAAGCCUUUGAGCCUUUGCAAAGGGCAGCACCAGACAGAGCAAUACAAGGCUACUAAUGGCCUUCAAUUCUGUCCGGACUGAAAUUGUAUCAUUGGCUGCAAUAGCCACUGUUCAGAAUCAAUGAACAGAUUUUUUUCCACACCAGCUAAUCCAAUAGCGCGAAGAUCCACACAUCUUUUAUCUCAUCUUUCUCUUCAUUCAUUUCCUUUUCUUUAUAUAUCUUCUUCUUUCUCUAUCUGUUUUUUUUCUUUUCUUGUUUUUCUCUCCUCCUUGGGCAGCAUUGAUUGUAGCUGUGUGUGUGUGUGUGUGUGUGUGUGUGUGUGUGUGUGUGUGUGUGUGUGUGUGUGUGUGUGUGUGUGUGUGUGUGUGUGUGUGUGUGUGUGUGUGUGUGUGUGUGUGCUUGGGCUCGCAGGCGGUGCAAUGCAAUGACAUUGUCAUAGGCAAGGACAGAGGACACAGGGAAAUAGGGGGGGGGGAGUAGGAAACCUCUAAAGCUGGCCCCAGAGCUAACCAUUAUGUCAGUCUUUCACGAUUAGAACGAGAGUGAACGUACCACACCUACAGACCUGUGUGAAGCUGCCCCCCCCCCCUCCUCAGACUCAAAAUGCUGAAAUAACACUGCAGAUUGUUAUUUCAGCAUUUUAGGUCUGAGGGGGGGGGGGCACCUUCACACAGGCCACCUACAGACGAGAUAAGAUUUUGAGUUGGUUGUGAGCACAAACAUAACGACUGUGGUGAACAUUCAUUACAUUACAUUCCAUUCCAUUCAGCGGAAGCUUUUGACCAACGCAACUAACAAGGAGGAUAUUCAAGCAAGUACAGAGUGAUGGGUCAGCACAGAGUACAGCAGUAUACACGUAGAUAGAGAGCAGAACAAAAUGUGGAGGCCUAUGAAAUGUGGUGCAGGUUAGUACCCAUGAUUAUGUUAUGCAGGGAAGCUCUCUCAGAAGAGAUCAGUCUUCACUAGCUUCUUGAAGGUAUUCAGAAUGGACUCACGUAAUAAAGGUGCCGCCACUGACAUCUUCUGCAUGAACUUCUACAGUAACAGAACAGACGUACCCAGAUAAUAUCGAACUGGUUUGAUUCAGACAUUGAUUGAUUGAUUGCGUCAAUGAUGAAACAAAUAGCAGGGACUCAAAUUGGUGACUGAACACUGCGACUGCUGAUCUGGACAAAAUCACCCUAAAAAGUCAGGAGUUCUGUGGCCAGCUUAACAGAGAUCAAAGUAAUCAAAAUCGAGGGAGUUUAGGGAGUCUCAACAUAAAUUGUUAGGGAUGGUAAGGUGAGGGGGCCCUCAAAAAUGGUUUGCUGCAAAGGGCCCCCUCCUGCACAAUUUCUUAGAAAUGCACCCCUGCUCGUGGCCUUGUGUGGUGCUGGUAGUGGUGUUGGUGAUGGUGGUGGUUUAGUCCAAGGGAGGAACCACAGGGACAUGGAAACCAGAGAACUAGAACUAUUUCACCUGAGCUUGUGCUGAACUCCACAUUAAAGAUAGAGAGGAGAGGGAGAGGAAAACAUAACUUUGUAGUGGAAGAGGCAAGAGACAGGGGGUGCGUUCCAAUAUGCGACCUUGCAUCCUCCACUUGUGCUUGUGGCCUCGUACCAGGAAGUAAUAUGUCGUGAUGACAUCACUGACAACAGCAUUAUAUUUCAAUAUCUCGCAAAAGCUCAAUUGUAAAGUCAUUCUCUCAUUUGCAAACUGGAUGGUGAAUGAACAAUAGUCCCCCCAAAAUUGUUGUUGCUAGACUGACAGCGGGGAAGCGUUAUUGUUUUCUCCACGGAGGCGGGGCAUCAGCAAAACGUGAGGCCACAAGCAUAAGUGGAGGACGCAAGGUCAUAUAUUGGAAUGCACCCAGGGGCUCAGGAGGGGAAGGAAGGGCCAAUAGAAUCUAAGAAUGCACUAAAAGAUGGCCGAGCAACAUAUGGGAGAACUGCACACACAUUUUUUUUCUCAGUCCCUUUAUCUGAAGAUGGUGUGAAAUGAUUUUGUAUAUGUAGCAAUCAUAUUAAAUAUGUUUCACAGCGUGUCGUUGA